AUUUGGGAAAAACUCGACCACUAAGAACAUACGGGGAGCUGUGACACCGGAUGAAAGCACUGAGCCACCGGAUUUUAACGGUCAAAAUUUUCGAGAUUGCAUAUGAAUCAAAUUUUAGAGAGAGCAAUCUGAGGUUGAGGAUCAAUGAUGAAGCUCUUAUCAAGCACCUUCCGAUCCUUGAAGCCCAUUCGUCCUGUCACCAAACUCAAAUUUCCUUCAUCAUUGCCGCCUUCAGAAUCCUUACAGACCGAUUCAUUCCAGCCUCCUUCGUUACUUUCGUCUCCACCUAGCUCUGCACCCAAAUCAAAGUCGCGGUGGUCGGUGUACUUGAUCCUCUCCACCAACCCGCCUAUCAAAACUUACGUCGGAGUCACAACUAAUUUCACUCGCCGUUUAAAGCAACAUAACGGUGAGCUUAAAGGAGGCGCAAAAGCAUCCCGUGCCGGAAGGCCGUGGGUAUGUGCAUGCCUUAUUCAAGGAUUUAAGGACAGGAGUGAAGUUAUGAAUUGCAGUAUCAUAGAAUCAUUGAUGGCUGGAUUUGAAGCAUGAUCGGUUAUAAACAUUGAUAAGCCACCAGGACUAUGAGCACAUGUAAAUCGACUUAGAGAGAUCAAAGCUUGUGCAUUUGAAUCAAGUUGGAAACAACAUUCAAAGAAAUUACCACGUAAAGAAAAAGGCAAUGUGCUACAGAAGCUAGAAGAAUGUAAAUCGGUCAUGUUACUGGAACAUAGAUACGCAGCUCUAGAUGAAGUCAAAAAAAUUGUGGAUUGCAGUAACUUAUUAUUCAAUUGCUAUUCUAAUCUCCAUUAUUGAUCCAGCGACUGCUUUGGCAUUUCCACCAUUUGUAAAUCAGAUGCAUUACCAUGCAUAUGCAUGUAUCUAUGAUAUGGGCAGAUACUUUAGUACUACGUAUAAUCUUGUUGAUAAUUUGUUUAAUACAUUUCUUGUAGAUAAAAGGAAAUAAUAGCUCCAAUUGUACUAUACUCCAAGUGUAUGAGAAUAUCCAAAGGUUGGAUUGGAGUGAAAGUAAAGACG